AUGGUGAGACCCCACCCCCCCUACACACACAUACCUACUGACCAUCCAUCUAAUGGUGAGACCCCACCCCCCCUACACACACCUACUGACCAUCCAUCUAAUGGAGGGGGGACAGAAUCUGGGGGACAUCAAGCACAGGACAACGAAGAUAUCGGACCCGUCCUGCAGUUUGACUAUCAGGCGCUAUCGGACAGACUAUUCGCCCUGGCAAGUAAGAAAAACAUUCCUGUGCGAAACCGCAAGAGUCUGUACUGGCUGGUGAAAAAGUUUACAGAUCUUGCAGAAGGUAUCUUUCCCCAGGACGACCUUCCAGAAGAAGUCUCCACGGAUGAAGAUGACGAUGAAUUCAGCAGCUGGAGGUUUCACAGGCGAAUGAAAAAAGCUCAAGAGAAACUGGCGAUAAAUUCCGGGGGAGAGGUCACAGAGCCGCUUAAGAAGGGUAAACGUCCGCGAGCAGCUCUGGUGUCUGAAUACCCUCCGCAGUUACCGGGGAGUGCAGAUGUUCCUCCAGCCAAGAAGAAAUGCAAGAAGAAGCGUCUGGCUUCUAGGCAGGAGGACACCGCACACCCCACGCUGAACGGCGUAGCCGGGCCACACAACACAGAGGGAGAACCAGAAGUGCCCGCGCGCUGGGCUUCUACCACGCCACAUAAAGAGGACUCUGUAGCCCCGAAGAGCCGGGUGAGAAGACGACGCUGCUGCCUGCUCAGGCUGGGGCUCCGUGUCAUGCCCCUUCACAGUGCGUUACUGAGGAGGCGGAGACUCACCCGCUGCAGGAGGAAGAUGAUCAGUAAUAAAGCGGAGAGUACUCUCACUCCACCAGCAAAAGUAACCUCCAUCGUCCAGGACUUUGUGACUUUCCAGAAAGCGGAGGCCCCUAAACCUGUAUAUGUGAAAACCGCAAAGGGUAGAGGAAGGCAGAUAAACUGCAAGUCCAAGAAAGUCACCUUCAGCCUGAACAAGAACAUGACGACAGAGUUUAAGAGGACAGAUCGCAGCCUCCUGGUCAGUCCUACAGGUUCAUCCCGCGUUCCCUUCAAUCCCAGCCAGCAACCAGAGCACAGUGUUUUGAAAACUCCGUCAACCAGUCCUGUGCCGAGAGCGCGAGCAGCAGAUUUCUUCUGAACCUCCGAGGACUGAUUCGGCCUGGACUAUAGACUAUCACUGCAGAUUUCUGGCUUCUAUAUCCUGUUGCUUACAAUAAACCUUUUUACUGAUGGGGCCAUUGGUGAAGUGGGAGAA